AUGCUAAGAUUACUCUGUCCUUUAUGUGUUCUCAGCUUCUACUUUAUGAGGGAUCCAAAGGAGAAUGGUCCCGUUCAGCUCUCGAAACCUGACUGGAUCGAUCGCGAAAAGAUCAUUGAUGUAAUUCGUAACGGGACUCUGUCCAAGGACGAACGCAUUAAAAAGAUCGAAGAAAUGCCUACCCACGAAAAUGAACAGAACACGAAACUUUGGUUGAAAAAUCUGCCGAAAGCUGUCGAGUACUUUGAUUGGACCACUUCGGAGAAGGAGAACGCUGGCAACAAGACAAGAGAAGUGAUCGAAAAAGGUGAAAAAAUGUACGGUCCCGAUUUCAUGUUGCUUGACAAAAAAGAACAAGAAGAAGUCAUGUUACGUUUCUUUGGUCAGUUGUACGAAGACAAAGAUGUGGACGAUGAUGUUCGCGACGAAAUUCUUACGCUUGCUAUGCUAUUUAAGGAAAAGCUCGAGGAUAUGGGAUUUAGGAGUUCCGUUAUCGACAGCACUUAA